AUGGCGAACAAACUUCUUAGGGUUGGGCUGUUUAAUGCAGGCUCCCUUGGCACAAACCACGAUAACUUUGUAGCUACAGUAAGCCGGCACUGUGUAGAUGUUUUAGCGAUUAAUGAAACAUGGCUAAGAGUAGGCGAGGAAGGACGUGCCCCAAGUGUGGCGGGAUAUUAUCUACGCCAUAGACCCAGAGCACAAGAGGUACGCUCGCGGGGUGGUGGUGUAGGUUAUUAUAUUAAACGUGGAAUUAAUGCGCGUACUUGGGACCAUCCUGUAGACCCACUACAUAAAGCAGUAGAACAGAUGUGGUUGACCUUAACAAUUUGUGGGAGAAAAAUAGCCUUGGGUACAGCAUAUCGUCCCCCUUGGUUAGAUGUGGAUGUUUUUUUAGACGCUCUCACAGACACCAUUAAUGCAAUCCCCGGUCAUGACUAUUUGGUCUUGGUUGGUGAUUUCAACAUUAAUAUGCUUAGUCCUGAAGAAAUAAAAACAAAUAAGCUGUCAACAUUUUUAACAUGUCUAGGACUGAGCCAGUUGGUGUCAGCACCAACUCAUUUUACUGAAACUUCACAGACUCUGAUUGAUGUUAUUUGUUCAAAUCUACCAGCUAAAAAUAUUAUUGUGGAGCAUGUGGGGUCACUGUAUGGUCAUUGUUUUGUGACAUGUGAGUUUAAUAUUAAAUCUGAGAAAAUAAAACCAUAUUCUAUGACUUAUAGACCUAUAAAACACAUUAAUACAGAAAACUUUAACUUAGACUUAGAAGCUAUACAAUGGAGUCAGAUUUCGACACUUGAUGAUGUUAACGAGAUGGUUAACAUUUUCAAUCACAGUGUCUUGACUCUAUUUGAUACACAUGCACCAUUACUCUCCACUGUUAUAAAGACUCACUCCUAUCCGUGGAUCACAGAUACCAUAAAAUUGAUGAUGAAACUGCGUGAUAAAGCCUCUGCAGAAUAUCAUAAAACAAAAUCUGAUAGCUUACCUUACACUCUAUUUUCCUAUAUAACUUACUUUGAAUUCCAUAAAUUUAGCGAAGCCACAUUUCAUUUGAAGACGGUUACAGUAAGCGAAAUUAUUAAUAUUAUAAAAUCAUUGAGAUCUAAAGCAGAGGGAUGUGACUCAAUAAAUCUGGAGAUGCUUUUGCUAACGAUGCCGGAUACAUUGGAAACCAUCACUUCUAUAGUGAAUGCGUCUAUUCUAACUUCAACCUAUCCAGAUGUUUGGAAAACGGCAGUGGUGCGACCGCUCCCUAAAAUUUCAAACCCCACAGAUCUUAAGGAUCUGAGGCCAAUAAGUAUUUUGCCAUGCCUAUCGAAGAUACUUGAAAAGUCAGUAUCGAAGCAAAUAACAGUUUACUUAGAAAAAAACCAUAUGUUACCAGAGGUCCAGUCAGGUUUUAGAAGGGGUCGCAGUACUGUCACAGCACUGCUUGAUGUGACUGACAAUAUUUUACAAUCACAGGAUCAGGGCAUGUGCACUCUCCUCGUAUUGCUUGACUUCUCACGGGCUUUCGAUUCCUUGAAUAUAAAUCUCCUCCUGUCCAAAUUGAGCUAUUACGGUUUUGACAGUAAUGCCAUACAAUGGUUUCAUAGUUAUCUCAGUGAACGCUAUCAGUAUGUCAAAAUAACUAAGCAUGAUGGUUCCUCGCUCAUCUCAGAUAGAAUGGCAAUAUCCAAAGGUGUGCCGCAGGGCUCUAUUUUGGGACCCAUAUUAUUUUUAUUGUACUCAGCAGACAUGAAAGAUCAUAUAAUGCACUGUAGAUAUCAUUUUUAUGCUGAUGACACCCAAAUAUAUAUCUCUUGCAAACCAUCUGAUAUUGACAUUGCAAUUGAUAGACUAAAUGAAGAUCUGAAUCGGAUUGUGCUAUGGUCCAAGAGGAAUAGCUUAGUUUUAAAUCCAAAUAAAUCCAAAUAUAUGAUUUGUGGCACAAAAUCUCAAAUAUUAAGGCUAAAACAUACAAAUAAAAUACUAUUAAUGGAUCAACCUAUUGAAAGGGUGUGGGAAGCACGUAACCUUGGCUUACAGAUGGACUGUAAUCUUAGAUUUGAGAAUCACAUCAUUGGACUAGUGAGAGAUUGUUUUUACCGCUUAAAAAAUCUUUACAAUGUGAGAGAUCACCUGGGAGUAGAUUUACGUAUUCGCCUUACUGAGUCACUGAUAUUGUCCAAGUUGAAUUACACAGAUAUUGUAUAUGGACCUCGUUUGACCGCCAAAACACAGAGACUUGUACAGAGAAUCCAGAAUGCCUGUGCUCGCUUCUGCUUCGAUAUUCCCUUUAGAGAACACGCGUAA